AUUAAUCGUCACAAAAUUCAUCGACAAGUCCAAUCGAAAUCGAUGAUCACGAUCGCCGUCGUUACGAGUAGUAGUAACUGCUUUGCGUAUUUCGAUCGAUCAAAAUCUGUGUUUUUUCAAGAGGAGAAAGAAAAGAAAGGGUUAAAAUCCUCGAUCAGAAUUCGAUCUUUGCUCGAUUGUCUCCUGAUUACGUACAUCGAUUGUGAUUCUUCCCCGUGUGCUUUGCUCACCGGCGACGUCGCCGUCGCCGCCACGCCGUUCUCCAUGGCGGGCUCCCCCGUAUCCCUCGAUUACUGGCGGAAGUUCUUCCGCAGCGCCAAUGGCGAUAUCUUCGAGGUGAUGGAGCAAGCCGUGGUCGUGGCGGCGACGGAUUACCCCGACGAGUUCCGGAGCCGGAGGGCUCAGUUGGCGGAGAAGCUCUUCACCGCCCUGCUCCCCCGGUGUUUUGGUUGCGUAGGCGCCGCCGACGGGGAGGAAGGCGACGGCAGCGUCAAGAGGGAUGAUGUGGUGAAACGUAGCAACGAUGACUACGGGCCUGAGGAUCUGAACGGGAUCGUGAGCAACUACAGCUACGACGAGGCGGAGGCGCUCACGGAGGAGAUCGAAGAGGCGAACGAGGUAGUCACUGAGGUUUCAAGGAUAAAGCAGAUCCUUGUCAACUACCAAGAUGAGUCUGAUAGUGUGUUGUUUGAAUCCUUGAGAAGACUGCAGUUGAUGGAACUCUCUGUUGAAGUACUUAUGGCAACUGCAAUCGGAAGGGCAGUUAGUGGUGUGCGGAAGCACAACUCUAAGCAAAUUCGCCAUCUUGCACGAACACUUAUUGAGGGUUGGAAGGUUUUGGCUGAUGAAUGGGUAAGUGCUACACCUGCCAUUCCAGAGAACUCUCCGGAUUCCAUAAAUCUUCCUAUGGAAGAUGAGGAAGGUCUCCCUUUCCCUCCAUUAGAUGAAGGAGCUCUAUUUGCUACCCAAACUGCUCCUAUGCAGCUGUCUAAGUUCUUUGAUGAAAUGGAUGAUGAUGGAAAUUUUAGAAAUAAUAAUGGUUCUGAAGAGAACAGGGAAAACCCAAGCAUUCAAAUCUAUGAUCCAAAGCAGAAACAACAGCUUCCAAAGCAAGCGACAAUCCCCAAAGAUAAGGGAGAGACAAGGAGGCAAGCACCAGGGAUUGCAGCAGACUUAAAGGAAGAUUCAAGCGGACAAGAAUGGCGAUGUUUAUCAAAUCCUGAAGAUAAAGGGCUGGUGAAGCAGAAAGUAUUAGUUAAACAAGAAAAGCUUCGAGAAACAUUUAUUAACCAGGCAAAUCAGGAAGCUGCUGUGAGCAAGCAAAGAAUGCCUGUUUCUGGGUCUGGCAAACCGUCAAAGCUAAUCUCUGAGCAGAAAGCUAGCACGGAGGCGAAACUGAAACGGAUUCAAGACAAUUCCGCACUUCAUAGGAAGUCAUCCGGACCUAUGCAAGAUAAAACCAAACACUCAGAGGAUGCCCAGAUACGAGCAAAACUAGAAAUCGCAAAGCGGAAGCUUCAGGAAGGGUACCAGCAAGCAGAAAACGCAAAAAAACAACGAACAAUACAAGUGAUGGAGCUGCAUGAUCUACCCAAAAAGGUCGUCAACAAGCCACAAUUUUCAAAAUCCAAGAACAAGAUCAAGGGUUGGGCAAAUGGUCGCCGCUAGACAUUGUUAACAAUGGAUUUGCACAACAACUUGCAUUCAUGACUCUUCUGUUUUCAGUCAUGGAUCUUCUGUUUUCGUCACAGAAAACAAUCCGCAGAUAUCGACUCUGUCCACUUCUGGCAAUUGCAGACACAAAAACAAAUAUUUCUUGUCUUUUGAUUAUAUCUUGUCUUAAGGAAGUCUUUGUUGUGAUGAGGAGAUUGAAAAGUUUAGAUGGCUACAAAUUAUUAUUUCUUUGGAGAUUUUAAUAUGUAUAAAGGCAUCAAUGAGUUGCCAAUCAGUUGAUUUUUUUGUUAACACCAUAAAAAAAGGGAGAAAAGGAAGGAAGAAUCUCUUUAUCUUCUUCUUAUUUCAGAUUUACUUCUAUUGUAUAAAGUUUGAAGUUUGUUAUUUACGCUUGCUUUUUAGAGUUUAUUAAUAAUUAUUA